AUGGCUUUCCCAAAGGCCAAAAACCCCCUGGCCUUUGCGCCAUGGCCGGUUACGAUCAUCAUAACUGUGGUGUAUCUGGCCCUACUCAUCCCUGUGAUUGUCAUCCACGAAAAUGUCCCGUCCGCACCACGAACAAGCCCAAAGGGCCUGGACCUGACCGAAGCUUGGUCAGACCUGCAGACUCUGACCGAAGGCUUCCACCCGUACAAUUCUCACCAAAAUGACGAAGUCCGAUCUUGGCUGCUUUACCGCAUCAACGCCAUCCACUCAUUAUCCGUCGCGACAGCCAAAGCCGCAAAUGAGACUACACCGGAAGUCUUCGUGUUCGACGACCUUACUUCGAACCUGACUUCGAUCGACGGACAUACUGGCGUGUACUUUGAAGGCAAUAACAUUCUCGUCUACAUCCGUGGCUGGGAAGAUAAGCAAGAGAACUGGUGGGAGACCGGUAAAACUCCGGCAGGAAAAGGUGGUGUACUCGUCAACGCGCACUACGACAGCGUCUCGACCGGAUACGGUGCCACAGAUGAUGGCGUUGGCGUCGUGACUUGUCUCCAGCUUAUACGGUACUUCACGACGCCUGAGUAUGCGCCGCGCCGUGGAUUGGUGGUGCUGUUCAACAACGGCGAGGAGGAUUACUUGAACGGCGCACGCGCGUACAGUCAACACCCGAUGGCCAAGUUCGCGCAUACAUUCGUCAACCUUGAGGGAGCAGGGGCUGGUGGCCGUGCUACGUUGUUCCGGAGCUCGGACACGGAGGUUACGCAGGCAUAUGCGAAAUCGAAGUCUCCCUUCGGGUCGGUUUUGAGUGCCAACGGGUUCCAAAAGGGGCUUAUCAAGAGUCAGACGGAUUAUGUGGUUUUCCAGGGUAUGCUGGGUCUGCGUGGACUUGAUGUUGCCUUUUUCGAACCCAGAGCUCGAUAUCAUACCGAUCAAGAUGACUCGCGGCACACCAGUAUGGGCUCAUUGUGGCAUAUGCUGUCUGCUGCUGUUGCCUCGACCCAGUAUUUGGUUUCAGACUCGAGCGACCGGUUUGAUGGCCGAAUUCGGGACGAUGGCCUUGUGCCGAGCGGGACAGGUACUGAUGCCGUCUGGUUUGAUCUCUUUGGCAGUACAUUUGCCGUGUUCCGCGCGCAUACGCUUUUCGCGUUGUCGGUGACUCUGCUGAUUGUGACGCCUUUGACGCUGCUGGUCACUUGCAUUGCUUUGUCCAAGGCUGAUAAGAUGUAUCUAUUUCGUUCUUCUGUGCGGGUGGACAUCAGUGACGAAACAAUACCGCUUCGAGGCCUGCGGGGCUUCUUCCGGUUCCCAUUUCUCAUUGCUAUCCCCACAGGCGUUACGGUAGGUCUCGCUUACUUGGUUACGAAGAUCAACCCCUACAUUGUGCACAGUAGUACAUACGCCGUAUGGAGUAUGAUGGUUUCUGCCUGGGUCUUCUCAGCCUGGUUCGUGUCCUGCGUUGCCGACUUUUUGAGACCGUCGGCAUUCCACCGAGUAUACACCUGGACUUGGAUGUUUGUUCUGACUUGGGCUUUGCUGGUCGUUGCCACUGUCUAUGUGCACGAGGAAGGGCUUGCUGGUGGCUACUUCAUGCUCUUUUACUUCGCUGGUACCUUUUUGGCAACCUGGAUUUCGUACCUUGAGCUCUUCUCUCUCCCUACAAAGUCGGAAUACCUCGGGUAUACGGCUCAGAGCUCUCGGCGACCCAGCGGAUUUGGCACUUCGUCUGGAGAUGAGCACCAGGAUGAGGAUGAGACUGAGGGAGAACCGACAGAAAAUACCUCCCUGCUUCGUAACCAGCAACGGACUACAUUCGCCAACUAUGUGAAUGUUGGUGGUCAUGUCGACGAGGACGAGGACGAGGAGUAUGAUCCUAACGUGUAUGGACACGAACAGAAAUGGAGUGCUUCAAUGCCGAGUUGGACCUGGAUCCUGCAGUUGCUUCUCACCAUUCCUAUCGUUCUGAUGCUGGUGGCCCCGCUCGCACUUCUGUUGACGAGUGCUCUUCACCAAACGGGUCAGGAUGGUAACUCUCAGCUGUUUGUGUACAUUUGCAUCGCCAGCCUGACAGUCGUGCUAUUCAUGCCGAUACUACCAUUUGUCCACCGCUACACUUACCACAUCCCAAUCUUCUUGUUCCUUGUUCUACUUGGCACUCUCAUCUACAAUCUUGUCGCAUUUCCGUUCUCAGAUGCCAAUCGCGUCAAACUUUACUUCUCGCAGCAAGUUGAUUUGGAUCUCGGAAACUCAACCGCCUAUCUGACUGGCGUGCUCCCCUUCGUGGAAGAUGUGGUUCGAGGUCUUCCCAGUGCCGGUGGUCAGGCAGACUGCGUUUGGAACGACGCUCUUAGCCGUUCGCAGUGUUCUUGGACUGGUCCAGAGCCGCAUGUCGUUCCCAGCGAAUAUGUCUCCAGUAAUUCGCCUUCUCCAUCCUCAGACUGGGUCUUCUUCACUACAGAAUCUACCGGAAAAUCCUCCGUGCGCUUUGAGAUCUCAGGUCAGAAUACCCGCUCCUGUCGCAUCACUAUGGACGGCCAACCCGUCAAGAAUUUCAACGUUCUCGGUAGCUCUGAACCCGAUCACCGCUUCCUCCACCCAUCUCAAGAUGGUAUCCAUGAAAUACGGUUAUGGAGUCGCACCUGGCAGAACAAGUGGACCGUGGACGUUAACUUCGCCGAAAAGGAGAAUGAUACCACUACUGCGGACGCAGCCUCGUUCACAGGCCGUGUUUCCUGUAUAUGGAGCGACAAUAAUACCCCCGGCCUGAUUCCUGCUCUUGACGAGCUGAGGAAGUUUGCUCCUUCUUGGGUUGCUGUGACUAAGUUGACCGAUGGCCUGGUAGAAGGAUACCGGAAGUUCGAGCUGAAGCAAGCUAGCUUUGGAGAAACUAACUCGCUGUGA